AUGGACCCCGUCAUUAUAACGCCGGACGAUGUAGCUGAGGCGGUCCGAAGGGCCCCGAACUGGAAAAGUCCGGGACUCGACGGGCUGCAUCACUACUGGCUGAAGGGGUUCGUGGUGUGUCACGCUGUGCUCGCCCGACAAUUUCAAGAGGCUCUCGACCAAAAGUCGCUCCCGAGCCUCUUCACUACUGGGAUCACUCAUUUGGUUCCUAAAGACCGGGAUACCAUAGACCCGAGCAAAUACCGCCCCAUCACGUGUCUACCCACGAUAUAUAAGACACUAACAUCCAUUUUGAGCGCGAGAAUCACUCGUCACCUGAACUCAAAUCAGGUGAUGUCGCGCGCUCAAAAUGGAUGUCGGGGCGGUGGUCGUGGAACCAAGGAACCACUCCUCAUUGACGCGGUCAUUGGCAAAGUGGUUAAACGCAACCGUCGGAACCUCUCCGCCGCCUGGAUAGACUACAAAAAGGCAUUCGACUCGGUGCCUCAUACAUGGCUGGAGAGGGUCCUCGAGCUGUACAAGAUUGACUGUACAGUUAGAGACUUCCUUGGGCAGUGUAUGGGGCAGUGGAGUACGAUCCUUUGUCAUCUAGGCGAGCGGAUGACGGCUGCGGAGAACCACAUAAGGAUAAGAAGGGGUAUCUUCCAGGGCGAUUGUCUGAGUCCAAUCUGGUUCUGCCUCUCUCUGAACCUUCUCAGUACCUUACUGGAGGGCUCCGGGAGGGGAUUUCAGCUUCGGAGGGGAGGUACAAAAGUGACCCACCUUUUCUAA